AUGGCUGCCUUCCACCUCCUCUUCGUCCUCGUGCUUGCGCUCGCCGCCAGCAGCAGUGCCAGCGCAGUGGCCGCCGCGGACGACGAUGACGUGCGGCUGCGGCAGGAGGUCAUGAUGCAGGCCCUCGGGGUGGUCGUCCGCUUCGACCUCGCCACCACCGACGCCAAGGCAGUGAGGCAGGUGAAGCAGGCGCUCGCCGUGCUGAACCGUGAGGUCAAGGCCCGCCCACAGCAGUGGAAGCCCAUCUUCAAGGCCCUUGACAAGGUGAUGGACGGCGGCGCCGACGACCGCAGUAGGGCGGAGGCGUCCGCCGAGCUCAAGGUGCUGCUCGACCGCGAGCUCGGCCCGUGCCCGGACAGCCUCAGAAGGGACCUCGGAAUCGGUGAUCUGUAAAAUGCAUGCAUGCAGUCGCCAGUUCGCCACCUCUGCCUUUCUCUUUCUCCCUGAACGUGCCAGUCGCCAGUGCGGUUGUUAGUUGUCGGAGAGCUCCCGUCCGUGCACUGCGGCCUGUCGCAGUUGUCAGAGCUCCACCUUUACUUUCCUUCCUGUUUCAUUAGUCAGCGUGGUUGUUUCUUUUGUUACACUGCUAGUGCUC